UAGCCGAUUUCAUUUAUUUCCAAUGUAAGUUUCCUAUACAAGGAUUAGGAAAAUACCUCUUAGUAAGGAUUCAACAGGUGGUUUAGUGUUAAAUGGUUGUUUAUUUCUGCUUAACAUUUUCGAAAUCUUCACUGGAUUAGUCAAGUUCUUAUUAGUUGUAUUGUAUGUCUGUGUUUUUCUAUUAUUGGAGUAGAAAUGUUUUGCUUCAUAUAUUAUCAAUAGCACCUUAACAGUUAUUGACAUCUUCAUGUAGUGUUUUUCUGUCAUGUAUUAAUUAGUUCAUCUUUUGUAUCCUUUUGGAAUAAUUCGGAAAAAAAUAUGUUCAGGGCAGUUAUUAAUAAUGUUUUUAUUAAUCAGACUCCCAGAAAAUGGUUAGCUUCCCAAAGUGCCAGAAAUUUUGCAAUGGGUGUUUCUGACAACAUUUUAACUCAGAAUGUUUGGGAUUCUGAUCCUGAACUCUUCCAACUGAUGAAGCAAGAAAAGGAAAGACAGAAAAAAGGACUUGAAAUGAUAGCAUCUGAAAAUUUUACUUCUCUAUCAGUAUUACAAUGUCUGAGUUCAUGUCUUCACAACAAAUAUUCUGAAGGUCUACCAGGAAAAAGGUACUAUGGAGGAAAUGAAUUUAUUGACAAAGUAGAGGUAUUAUGCCAAAAAAGGGCACUUGAAGCAUUUGGCCUCUCGGAAAAUGAGUGGGGUGUUAAUGUCCAACCUUACUCUGGUUCUCCUGCUAAUCUUGCGGUAUUAACUGGCCUAUUAGCUCCUCACGAUCGAAUCAUGGGUCUGGAUUUACCUGAUGGUGGUCAUUUGACACAUGGGUUUAUGACACCUACCAAGCGAAUUUCGGCUACUUCAAUAUUCUUUGAAUCAUUUCCCUAUAAAGUUAAUCCAAAGACUGGACUGAUUGAUUAUGAUAAGCUAGAAGAAAAUGCAAAACUUUAUAGGCCAAAAAUCAUCAUAGCAGGUAUCAGCUGCUAUUCCCGUUGUUUGGACUACAAGCGGUUUCGUCAGAUAGCAGAUGAUGCAAAAGCUUAUCUCAUGGCAGAUAUGGCCCAUGUUUCUGGCCUUGUUGCUGCAGGUGUUAUUCCAUCUCCUUUUGAUUAUGCUGAUGUUGUGUCUACUACCACUCAUAAAACUCUUCGCGGCCCUCGUGCUGGGGUCAUUUUCUUCAGAAAAGGAUUGAAUCCUGACAUUGAAGAAAAAAUUAACAGUGCUGUUUUCCCAUCACUUCAAGGAGGACCUCACAACAAUACUAUUGCUGCAAUCGCUACAGCAAUGAAACAAGCAACAUCUCCUCAGUUCAAGAGUUAUCAACAACAGGUAUUGGCUAACUCUAAGAGAUUAUGUUCAUCUUUGAAAGCUGCUGGGUUAGAGAUUGUUACUGGUGAUACUGAAGUUCAUUUGGUAUUAGUAAAUGUCCGCCCUUUUGGCUUGACAGGAGCAAAAGCUGAAUAUAUCCUAGAAGAAGUAAAUAUAGCCUGCAAUAAAAAUACAGUUCCUGGAGAUAGUAGUGCGUUUAACCCGAGUGGAAUCCGGUUAGGAACCCCUGCUCUCACGACAAGAGGUUUUGUAGAAGAAGAUAUGGAUAAAGUAGUAGAAUACAUCGUAAAAGCUUUGAACAUAGGAGUCGAAGCAGCCAAAUCAGCUGCAAGUCCUAAACUAACGGAUUUCAAAAAAGUCUUAUCUCAGUCUCCGUUAUCUGACAAAGUAAUAAGUUUGAAAAAAGAAAUUGAAGAAUUUUCUGAGAAAUUUCCUCUUCCUGGACUUUCAGAAUAUUAAUUUAAUAGAAUUGAUGAGAUUUAUUUUUAAUUGAAAUGUGUAUACAUUCAGAAAGAUGUUAAAAAUUGCAUUAUUUUUGAUGAACCCUUUUUAAUGUGUUACCAAUUUGGCUAUAUUAUUUUACAUUAUGUAGUUAAAGGAGAAGUAAAAUAUGAAAUUAUUAAUUAGUUGUUUAUAUUAUUAUACAUACUGCUUGUUCAAUAUUAGAUUAUAAAAUAAUUAUGUUAUUUUUAUUUUGUAUAGUUUGUUUUAUGUUAUCUAUGCAUUAGGCCUUAUUUAAUAUUUAAAACUUUAAUGAUCUGAAUUAUUGCCUUCAAACAAAAAUAGUGCUUAUUUUCAUAAUUGGAAUACUAUUCAUUAUAAAUUAUAAAUCACUUUAUGAUUAUUGAAAUUUAUAUAAUUUUAAUCUGAAAUCAAAAUUCUUCAUGCUGAUGUUGCUUCUGUGAAGAACCUUGUUUUAAGAUUAACACAUCAUUUUUCUGAAAUUCAAGUAAUGAUGUAAGUUGAGAUUUUAUAAAUUUUUAGCAUUAUUUUGAAAUGAAGAGAUUAUAUAAUCAUUUGUUACUCUUUCAGAUAUAUUUUAUUAAUUUUUCCUAUUUCAAUAGACUUGAAUAUUAUUGGGGAAUUUUGGAAGUCAUGUUACAUAAGUAAUAAAAUGUUAAUUUUCAAUACUAAAUGAUAAGAAUCAUUUUUUGAACUCUUGUCUUUUGAGUAUAAUAUAAUAUCUUUAAGAAUGAUAUUUAAAAUAUUGUUAAAUUUAAGCUUAAUGAAAAGUAUUAGUCAUUAAAAUGGAAGGAUGUAAAUUUCUAAUGCUUCUUUACUGACUGUUGUUUGUAUUGCUCAAAUUAGAUUUUUAAAUGAAUAUUUGGAUAUUUAUAUUUAUAUUGAUUUGUAUAUAGAAAUUGUAACUACCCAAUAACAUUUUUUGUUGUUACGUGUUAAUUUGUAUUUUAGUAAAAUUAUCAUGCUACAUAUUUUAUUUGAUUUAUAAAAUUUUUCUUCUUGAAAAGAAGAAAUAAAAAACAAUUGUCAUCUGUUGUAAUGAACCAUAAACUUUGUUUUUAUUUAUCAUAUUUGUU